GUCAAGCUUUGCUCUCUGUCAAAGCUCAUGUCAUUGAAUCUUCGUCUUAACAAUCUCAUCAGCAACAUUCCACCACCAAUCGGGAACCUCUCGUCUCUUGUUUCUCUCAGCUUACAUUAUAAUAUUUUAGAAGGAAGCAUUCCAAAUGAGCUAGGCCAGCUAAUGAAGUUACAAUUUCUUCAGCUCUCCUCAAAUAAACUGUCGGGUCUGAUCCCACCAUCGCUUUACAACCUCUCAUCCAUCGUUACUUUCUCGGUGGUAGCUAACCAACUAUAUGGAAACAUUCCAGCCAGUUUGGGUCUCACCCUUCCUAAUAUCAAAUAUCUUUUGCUAGGAAGAAAUGCAUUUACAGGAUCGAUGCCAGUUUCAUUACCCAAUGCUUCAGGACUUGUUGAGGUUGAUUUUUCUUCUAGUUAUUUUAGUGGACCCUUGCCCGAAAAUUUGGGAAGACUACAUGAUCUUAGUGUUCUAAAUAUACCUGGUAAUAAGUUUGGAGGUGGAGAAGGUGACAAUGACUUGAGUUUCCUCACUUCUUUAACUAAUUGUAGCCGUUUGGAAUAUUUAGAUGCAACUGCCAAUCAGCUAAGAGGAACACUACCAGACACCAUCGUCAAUCUCUCUACCCACCUAACACUAUUAGGGUUAGGAGGAAACCCGAUAUAUGGAAGCAUCCCAACAGAUAUUAGCAAUCUCUUCAACUUAAAUCGUCUAGGUAUAUUUGAGAGCUCUGUCAUGGGUACCAUUCCUAUUGGUGUUGGGAAGCUUCAAAAUUUGCAAGGUUUGUAUUUGUACAGCAACAGACUUUCUGGACGAAUUCCAUCCUCCAUUGGCAAUAUCACUGGAUUGGUUAUACUAGCUUUAAAUGGAAAUCGUUUGCAUGGAAGAAUCCCUUCGAGUCUUGGAAACUGCCGUCAUCUUCAAGUAUUAGCCCUCCUUGCAAAUGAGCUCAACGAUACCAUUCCAAAAGAGGUUCUAAGUAUUCCUUCCCUGAUCGAACUUCAUAUAGAUGAUAAUUCUUUGGUCGGAUCUUUACCGUUGGAAGUGGGUAAUAUGGAACAACUUCAAGAACUACAUGCUGCUAACAACAAAUUGAUGGGUGAAAUUCCUAGCGAGCUAGGAAAUUGUCUGAAACUGGAAUUCCUUAAUUUGAGCAAUAAUUUCUUUCAAGGAGCCAUUCCUCUGGGUUUGAAGAACUUAAAAAGUAUUAAACUGCUAGAUCUUUCUCAUAAUAACUUGUCUGGGCAUAUUCCAGUUACUCUAGAGAAAUUUCCGAUCCUGGAAUACUUGGAUUUGUCAUCCAAUGAUCUUGAUGGUGAAGUCCCACAGCAAGGGAUUUUCAAAAAUUCCAGUGCAUUUUCACUUCUUGGAAACAAGAGGCUUUGUGGAGGUAUCCCACAAUUACAGCUGCCUGCGUGCCUGAAGAAAGAUUCUAAGAAACAUGGAAGGUCUAUUUCUCUUACAGUAAUAUUCUCAGUGAUCGGUGCAGUUUUAGGUUUGAUUCUUUUAUCAUCUAUCUUUGUUACUCUUUAUCGGGCGAGAAGAAAGGCCAGCAAGAACCCUUUGCCUGCAUCUUUCCUAGAGAGUAAAUAUUUAAAUGUUUCUUACAAGGAUCUCUUUAAAGCAACUGGCGAGUUCUCUUCAGAUAAUUUGAUUGGCGAGGGAAGUUAUGGUUCUGUAUAUAAAGGAAUUCUAGAUCGAGAUGAAACACUUGUUGCAGUGAAAGUUCUCAAUCUUCAUCAACGAGGAGCUUCAAGGAGUUUCCUUGCUGAAUGUGAAGCCUUGAGAAAUAUCCGGCACCGGAAUCUAGUUAAAAUCAUAACUGCUUGCUCAAGCAUCGAUUUUAAAGGCGAUGAUUUCAAAGCUCUAUUGUUUGAGUACAUGCCUAAUGGGAGUCUAGAGAAAUGGUUGCAUCCAAAUGUACAUGGGCAAUAUGAAAUGCGGAGCUUGAACGUUAUUCAAAGAUUAGAUAUAGCCAUUGAUGUCGCCUCUGCAUUGGAGUAUCUUCAUCACCAUUGCGGGACACCGGUCGUUCAUCGCGAUCUAAAACCAAGCAAUGUUCUACUGGACAAUGACAUGUGCGCCCAUGUGGGCGAUUUUGGAUUAGCAAGGUUCCUUUCUAAUGCUGCCAGUAAUACCUCUCAAGAUCAAACCAGCACAACUGGUAUCAGGGGAUCUGUUGGCUAUAUUCCUCCAGAGUAUGGAAUGGGCGGAAAGGCGUCUACAAAUGGAGAUGUCUACAGUUAUGGUAUCCUUCUUUUAGAGAUGUUCACAGGAAAAAUACCAACCGAUGACAUGUUUAAAGACGAUCUAAGCCUCCAUCAAUUUGUUAAGAUGGCUUUACCUGAUCAGGUGAUGGAGAUUGUAGACCCGCGACUGCUCGAAGACGUUCAAGCACUGAACAAUGGAGAACGACAACGCAUUGCAAGGACUAAAAUGAGAGAGUCUUUGGCUUCUGUGGCCAAAAUUGGCAUCACAUGUUCUGUAGAAUCUCCAAACGAGCGGAUGCAAAUGAGAGAGAUUGUCAAAGAAAUGCAUGCAAUAAGGGACUUAUAUCUUGGGCAUGGGAUUCACCCAGAUCAGCAAAAUAGGGAACGAUUGUUGGGCGACAGUUCAUCGUAUCUUAGUCAUUAAUAACAAGU